ACUGAGCAACCCACAAGACUCCGUGUUUAUUUUUGGACUGCCAUGGUGCCUGUUCCUUCCAUUUGUAGGAAGGGGGGUCGAGUGAGGCUCAGCAUGAACCUGCCGUUCUGACACUCCAGGCUGGGACAAGCAGGCAGCAGCUGGUAAACCACCCCAGGCAGCAGUCCUACAGGGAAACUCACCUUGAGCCCUUUAAACACCACCAUUUCAAGUUCGUCACCUGGGAACCAGAAAACAGGCACUAAAAUUGGGCCAUGCAGAGGCAUCCAUGACCAGCUGUAAAGUGGGUGCAGAAGCAUUCAUGUCUGUUGCCUAUGGCUCUAUCCACCAGCUGGGCCUGUUUUCCCAGCAGUACCCUCCACCACUACUGCCCAAGCCUGGAAAAGAUAAUAUUCGUCUUCAGAAACUACUCAAAAGGACUGCCAAGAAAAAGACUUCCACUCAGACAUCACAGUCUACCACACCUUUCCGUUCAAGCCUUUCCCCUGUAAAUGAGGCAAGCCCUGAUCUGGAGCACAGUGACCACUUAACAUCCCCUCAAACGCUAGACACACCUCAUAGACUUCACAGCAUCCAGCAACCUCCACGAUUUACAGUCAGGCCACUGUAUCAGCAUGUGGCAUCCCCUUAUCCACAACGAGCAGCUUUUGCUGGUCGAGCGGUAGGCAUGUCCCCUCCUACUGUGGCUGUCCCUUCAUGCUCUUCCUCACACUAUGCCACAAAAGUAUCACCUAAUUCUGCAUCAGACCAGGUCUCUAGAGUCUCAGUCUCAACAGAGCCUGUUGGGCUGCCAGGAGAGGCUAAACAUUCACUACCAUAUUCCUCUGUGCCUGAGAUGAAAUUACCAGCAGCUGAACUAAAAACAUUUAAUGACAGUCAAGCAGGUAUGAGCUCUGUCCCAUUUGUAGGUACCCCAACAUCACAGAUUAGAAGUUCAACUCCACAUCCAAUACCGACAGGUCAAGCUAUGGUUCGGCCUCUUACUGUGUUGACCUCUUUCAUUAAAUCUAAAAGUCCUCGUCCAACAUUUAAAGCAACUGAACCCUCAAAAUCACCAAAGCCAAUGUUUGAAGUACCUCAAAUUAGAAUGUAUACAGCAAGCACAUCAUAUUAUGAGACAUCUAGGACACCACCGGUAUACGAUACAGCUGGAUUAACAGCCAUUGGCACCACGGUACCUCAAAGCAAGGCUUUAGCAGAAGCACAUCAGGAUGUUCUCACAGCAUCCACGAUCAAAGGAGUGCAGACAACAACAAUCCGCCUGCCUGUAUCAGACACUGAUCAAGGGAGAAAAACUCCAAAAUCAGAAUUAGAAGGAGCCAUCUCAACAGCUGAAAUCAAAAGAGUAACUUCAGAAAUCCAACAAGUGACUCCAGUGUCAGAAAUCAAGCAAGUCCCUCCAACAUCAGAAAUCAAGCGAGUCACUCCAACAUCAGAAAUCAAGCGAGUCACUCCAACAUCAGAAAUGAUGCAAGCCACUUCAACACCUGAAUUCAAAAGAGCAACCCCCAUCUUGGAAGCAAAAAGAUCAACCCUAGCGUCGGAGAGUAAAACAACCACUCUAAUAUCUCAAGCCAGAGUUCAAACACCAAUAUAUGACAUUGUAUCAUCCAGAGCUUCAGGAGGACGGCCUAAAACUCCAGCACACCACAUCACCCGAGCAACAACCCCUGUCUUUGAAAUCUCACGACCUAAUCCUCUUUUGUUUGCAGUGUCCCCAAUCACAGUGGAUCCAGAGAGGUCAAGGUCACCCCAAAAUAUUUCUAGUCUUAAAAGUUCACAUGCCUUGCUAAAUCUGAAGACCACAGAGCUUCAUGAAACUUUAAUUAAUGGGGAUGUUAACCCUGAUAUGACACCUGCAAAUAACUCUGUAAAACAAGGCAUUAAAAAGUCAAAGUCGGAGUCUGAUUUGACUCGAAGAGUGACGUCGGUUUCGACACUUGGCUCUCAGAGAGCUUUGACUCCUGUUUCUGUGCCAGCUACACAAGUAGUGACUAGCUAUCAGAGGCCAAAAACACCAACAUAUGAGGCCUCUCGCCUUUUGACCAAAUCACCAGGCUAUAAAAGGCUGAACACAUCAACAUCCAAUAUUAUGCAGAUGGCCAGUCAGAGACCUAAAACCCCGGAAUGGCAAAAGUCAAAGUCUGCCUAUCGUGGGCUUACGCCAGCUGAGUAUGCUGCUUACGGUGGAAUCAAAACAUAUUCUCCUGCAUUUGGCAUUACAACCUCACUGAUGCCAACACAAGAUGAGGUUAAAGCUAAAGAAGAGGUUCUCAAACAGAGUAGCCAAGAACUAAAUGUAAAAGAACAACCUACAGUUGAGCUUUCUGAAACAAAGGAGACAUCAGAGAGUAAAGAAAAGCCUAACCAGAGUGAUGUAAAGGCUGGUUCUAGCGUCACGCUCCCAGUUAUUGUAGUUUCGAAACCAUUAGAUUCAAUUGGAACGAUAUCAAAACAAGGUCAAGCUAUGGCAACUGGUUCAACUGCAGCAAAAAAAGAGGCAAUAGUGGUCCAAAAAAUUACAAAAGCAGUAGAUGUCUUUUCUGAGAAACAGGAUGGUAAAACCCCACUAACUACAAAAGCUACUGAGAUAAAAGACACUCCUCCAAAAAGUUGUGACCAAGGUUCCCUGAAGGCGGUGAAGCACUUUUUGGGUAAAGCGAAGGUCCAGACCGAUGAGAAGAAAAUAAUAAAAGUUGAUGAAUCUGUUGUAAAAGAACCAAACACAUCUUUUAGUCCCACACAGGUUAAUAAGGAAAGCUCAAAGUCUGUUCCCCCUCUACCAAAUCUGCCUGCUGAAGAGCAUUCUACAAAAGCAUCUGAAAACAAUAAAAAAGAUUACAAAGAACAACUUUCAUCAGAUAAAUUGGACAAAAAGGGAGCUAAUGACUCCCCCCCAGCAACAACAUCGCUUCUUAAUGUCAUGCAAAAGACAAAGGGCAUAAAAGCAGGUAAGACUGGAUGGUCACGACUUAAAAAACACAUGGUGGUGGAACAGGAAGAGCCAACAUUUCCAGAGUUAGGCUCUGAGAAAGCAGUCCAUGAACAAGACCACAGUAAGAGCGAAAGGAUAGAGGAGCACUUAAGUGCUCAGGAUGGAAAGCAAGCUACACCAAAAGACACAGACACUCCAAAAGCAACUAAGAUGUGGGACGCAGUCCUGUUCCAAAUGUUUUCCUCUAAAGAGAACAUUAUGCAUCAGAUUGAAUUAAAUAAAAGUGAUGAUAAAAAGAAUGAGGAGAAAAGUGACGAGCAGAAAGAGAUCCCUUCAUUUGCCUUCAGGCUACCAGUGUUGCUUUUCAGCCCCAGGUUUGAUGCUAAAAAGCUUAAAGAAGCAGCAUCCAGACCAGUCACAAAAAUUUCUGUUGUGUUUGAAAUGGGACUAAUUGGGCGGAAAGGUAAGGAAGAUGAACCAAAAGAUUUUAACAGAAAAGCUAGAGGGUUUACUGCUACUUAAUUAUGCCUAAUGUAAAGUGUCCAUAUUGAAAAAAAAAGAAAUUUAUUAUAAAGUGGAGUUGAUAAGC